AUGUGGAUAUUCACACUAGAACUAGAAGGCAUCGUGGCCGCCACGAGCCUCGCCGCAUCAGAAAGAGCGGAUGACGCCAGUGGGAUCGGAGCCGGUGGCGCCAAGCCAGAUAUGUUGCGGCUUGGAGGUCACCCCGCCCGCUGGCAGUCUGGGCGUGCUGCGAAGGUACAUAAUGUAGCCAAGUAUCGCUUUGUAGCUGUCAAAUACUCGGGAUGGAUGGAUUGA